AGAACAUAUAACCAGUUAGAUACUUAAUACACAGGCCAGCCCUGUCUUGGAGAGGGGCAAUUAUCAAACAGGGUUUGGAUGGAUUAACCUGCUCGGCUCUUUAAAAACUUAGUUUCAAAAAGAAAGAAGAGCCAAACGAGAUCAAAGUAAAGUAAUGGGUCGCUCGUGCCAAUAUGAACGCAAGAAGUUAGCAAAUUGUUUACUUCGUUCAGACUGUAUGUUGAUCCAAGGACGCAGUGCUCAAGACUGUCUGCGACACAAAGAUGAGCUGCCAGUGGAAUGCCAAGAAUGCUGGCGAGCGUUCCACGAGUGCAAAAGACGGAUGCUAGAUAUGUCACAGCGAUUUAGAACAGUUCCAACGAAACCGGAAACGCUCGAGGAAGAGGAAGACUUGUUGAAGGACGUAUGA